CCGCGGCACAUCGCGCGGCAUGGCGACGCCGACGGUGAUCGAGUGCCGCGUGCGCGGCGCGUACUGGCACGUGAAAAACCACCCGAUGUCCGGCGUCACGCUCGUCGGGUGGGCGAGGACGCUCUGGGCGCACGGACGGUCGAUCGAUGCGGUGGCGUUCGCGCCGAGGCUGAUGUUUCUGACGUGCAUGGCGCUCGCGAACACGCUGGCGGCGAUCGCGGACGGCGCGCUGCGCCCGAGGUGGGGUCGGACGAAAGUGCGAGACGACCCGGUGUUCGUGCUGGGACAUCCGAGGACGGGGACGACGCACUUGCAUAAUAUAUUGGCGAAAGACGAGACGCGCUUCGCCGCGGCGACGACGUUCGACGUCGGGUUUCCGAGCGGGUUUCUCUCGAGCGGGUUCGUGAAGCCGUACCUGGCGAAAAUGAUGGAUUCGACGAGACCGAUGGAUAACAUGGCGCUGACGAUGGACACGCCGCAGGAGGACGAGCUGGCGACGAAUCAAUUGAGCGGGUGCGCGUCGCCGUACGCGCCGCUGAUGUUUAUGCGAGACGAGGCGAAAUUUCGCAAGUAUUACGAGCUUCGAGAGGAUCACGACGAGUAUCCCAUCGAGCGCGCAGAGCUGGAGGCGUGGAAAUCGGCGUUCAUGACGUUCAUGACAAAGUUGCAGUACAAGCACGGGGAGCACAAGCGGUUGGUGUUGAAGUCGCCCGUGCACGCGGCGCGCGUCGAGGUGCUUCGCAAACUCUUUCCGCGAGCGCAAUUCGUGUUCAUUUCUCGUCACCCGUACGAUGUUUUCAGAUCUGCGGUAAACAUGGCGGACAAGUACUACUGGCAGUGCUUUUUGCAACGCCCCACCGUGGCGGACGUGCAGGAAUUCAUCCUCAAGCAGGGAGAAAUUUUACACGACGCGUACGUGCGAGACUCGAAGUCGCUCCCGCGCGAAGCCUUGUUUGAGACGCGAUUCGACGAUCUCGACGCCGAUCCCGUGGGCACGUUGUCGAAAAUUUAUAAACAUUUCGGAUGGGAUGGAUUCGACGAAACGGUCGCGCCGGUGUUGAAGGAAUACGCGACGUCGCUCGCCGACUUUAAAAAGAAUAGCUUUGCCGAGCUCUCCGACGACGCCAAGGAGGUGAUCAACAGUCGCUGGGCGCGCUGGUUCACCGACUUGAACUACGAGAAACGAUAGCGCUGUAGCGUAGAAAUAACAGUAGAAAGAAGAUUGCUCAUUAAAG